UGCAUGAUGGCGCGAAGAGAGAAGUUGAGGAAGUUGACAGAAAUUCGUAACGAAAUAAUCGCUACUCCUUUCGAUCUUUUCAUGUUUAUGAAACCCUAAAAACCCUAAUUUUCUCCUCUUUCCAAUUUGCCCCUUUUUCGACACAAUAAAAAGGGGGAAACAUACAUCAUCCACCUCCACUUGAGACGGGAUCCUGGGCGUGUUUGUGGAAAAGGAAGAAUUUCAGAUCGGUGAUUUAAACGAUGAGAAUCUUUGCGCAAGAAAUUCUAUAAACCAUCCUUUUCCACAUCAGAAAACAAAAACCAGCCGAAAGCUGAGUAGAUUUAAACCAAAUGGAUCCAAAACCGCCAUCCGGGCCCACCUCCCCUAAACAUCAAUCUUCUAUCACAGAUGAAACCGUUAACAAUCGUUCAUCUGAUGCCAUACCAUUAUCAGUUUCAGACAGCACGUACCGUAGUUUGUCACUCACACAAUCACCGCCCGUUCAAGUAAUGGAACGAAAUGAAGAUUUCGAUAUCUCUAGUAGAUUCUCGUCACCAUCAUCAUCAUGGAGUGAUGAUUCCAACGAGUCGCUUUUUAGCAUUCAUCUUAACAAUAGUAACAAACAUGAUCAAGUGCAUUUAUCGGCUGCUGACGCUGUGGAACAUUCUAGUGAAAGUGAUGCGGGAAGUUUAAGAGCGGAAACGUUAAAUAAGUUAGAUGUUGACGUGUCUGAUUUAGAUGAGCCGCAAAAGGUUGUUAGGUGGAAAACUCAAGUCGAACGACUUGCGGAUGAAGGAGUGAGUUCUCAAGGUCAACAGCUGGAAUCGUCUCCUCUAACGGAUCAUAAAGCUAGUGAACCAAAAAAGAAGUUUUGUUGGUCAACAUGCGACUGUGGGUCCUGUAAACUGCCAAAGUGGAUGAGUUGUUCUAACUGUAAACCAAAGAAAAAAUCUUCAUCACAACCCAAGGAAGCAAAUUCACAUACACCAAAAAAGUCCGAUCAAAAGGCGGGUUCAAAAAAACGGUGUUGCUCUGGUCCAUGGUCAGUUUCUUGCCAUUGCUGCUUUGGUGAAUUUACCGGCGCUUGAACGUCACACGUUAGCCGUUUCUCCGUUUCAUCUAGUAGUAACAGGUCGGGUUGAAAACGGUCAUUUUUAGUACGGGUUGGUAUGGAGCACGUUGGAUCAGGUGACCGCCGAACUUUUCUUUAAAGAAAAUGGAAAAAUGAACAACUUGAUCCAGUUGACAUGUUCCCCUUUAGGCCUGUUUUAUUAAACCGACCCGUUUGAGAUAAAACUUAACUUGACCCAUUCAUAAGAAAACGUGUCAAAAAGCCCAACAACGCUACGAUUGUCGGUGCUGUUUGGGACCGCGAUUAAGACGGGCUGGAAAACAAAAUUGGGGGAGUAGAGGUUAAUGGUGUAUAACUGUAACAGGUAAUUAUUCUUAGUUUUCAUGAGUUUUAUCUGUAGGACCUGCAAAUAAAUUUUCAUUCAUCCUUGCAUAAUAAUAAUAAGAGGUCUUAUGAGAAUGACAUUAUUCAUAUCUUUA